GCAGCGAUGAGGAGGGCAGCUGGAUUAACUUCUACAGUUCCAAGAGCGAUGUUAAAUGACGAGAAAUUGAAGUUGCACGUAUACAAGAAAACGCUUCAAGCGAUGAUCUACCCAAUAUCUUCAACGAUGCCUCACAACUUUGUAACCUGGACCGCAACAUCUCCAACAUACUGUUACGAAUGCGAGGGAUUACUUUUGGGUAUUGAACGUCAGGGCGUACAUUGCAUGGAAUGCGACGUCAAGUGUCACGAAGAAUGUAAAGAUCUGCUCAAUGCUGACUGCCUGCAGAGGGCCGGGGAGAAAAGUUCAGAGGAUGGGGCUGAAGAUAAAGCCAACAGCGUCAUAACAGCCAUGGAGGAAAGAAUGAAGCAACGAGAGCUCGAGAAACCGGAAAUAUUCGAGCUUAUUCGGUCAGUUUUUGGAAUCGACAAGGAAGCUCACCUCAAUUACUCGACUUCAGUCAAGCAAUCUGUGCUGGACGGCAUGAGCAAGUCGUCCGCUAAAAUCGCCAUCACAGUUAUCUGCGCGCAAGGACUUAUUGCCAACGACAGAAACGGUACUUCAGAUCCCUACGUAACAGUUCAAGUAGGUGAAGUUAAGGAACGUACAAGAACAAUAACUCAAGAAUUAAAUCCCGUUUGGCAUGAAAAGUUUUACUUCGAGUGCCAUAACUCGUCAGAUCGUAUAAAAGUCAAAGUGUGGAAUGAAGACAAUGACUUUCUCGGGCAGACAAUCAUCGAAGUACGAACACUCAGUGGUGAGAUGGACGUGUGGUAUAACUUAGAACAACGUACCGACGACAAUGCCGUUUCUGGUGCAAUAAGACUGCACAUAAGUGUUGAAAUAGAAGGAGAAGAAAAAGUUGCGCCAUAUCAUGUCCAAUACACUUGUCUCCAUGAAAAUUUAUUCCACAGUUUGUGUGAAGAAAAUGGCGGUAUGGUUCAAUUGCCUCAAGCUGAAGGUGCUUACGCAUGGAAAGUAUACUUUGACCCUCUUGGUGAAGAAUUAGUCGACGAAUUUGCGAUGCGUUACGGAAUUGAAAGCAUUUAUCGAGCUAUGACGCAUUUUCACUGUUUGUCAACAAAGUCCUUGUCUCCAGGAGUGCCGGCAGUAAUGUCAACACUUUUGGCAAAUAUAAAUGCUUACUUUGCCCAUACAACUGCGCCGUCUGCUGUUUCAGCUAGUGACAGAUUUGCUGCUAGUAAUUUUGGUGGGAUGUACCGAAACAACUUCCCGGCAUAUAGUCAAGAGAAAUUGAUGGAUUUGAAGAGCACCGUAGACCUCGUGACAGGAAUAACUUUCUUCCGAAUCAAAGUCCAGGAGUUAUCGAGCCCGCCGUGCGCGAGUACAGUAGUAAAGGACUGUGUUAAAUCAGAUCUGCGUUCAACUUAUCAGUUUCUCUUUGCAUACUGCCACGAGCUGUACAACCGGGAGUUUCAAAUCGACCCGAACGAAGCUAAACGUGACCCUGACGACCACGGACCGCGUCUAGACUCACUGGACUUUUGGCACAAACUUAUAGUACUAAUUGUUACGGUAAUUGAGGAGGAUAGAAAUAGUUACGCGCCGGUGUUAAAUCAAUUUCCACAAGAGCUCAACGUCGGUCAACUGUCUGCUGCGACGAUGUGGGAGUUAUUUGCACUAGACAUGAAGUACGCACUCGAGGAACAUGAACAGAAUCGUCUCUGCAAGUCUUCGGCCUACAUGGAUCUACAAUUCAGGGUUCAAUGGCUCCACGCCAACUCUGUUAAGGACGUACCGCCGUACAAGGGCGCAGUCCCUGAAUAUCCAGCCUGGUUCGAGCCUUUCGUAAUGCAGUGGCUCAACGAGAAUGAUGACGUUUCACUCGAAUAUCUCCACGGUGCCUUCAAUAGAGAUCAAAAGGACGGGUUCCAAAAGAGCAGCGAGCACGCCCUUUUCAGUGCAUCAGUAGUCGACGUAUUUACACAAUUGACCAAAUGUUUUGACGUCUUAUCAAGACUUGGGUGUCCUGAUCCUCAAACAUGGAAGAAAUAUAUGAAGAGAUUCGCUAAGACUAUUGUUAAAGUAAUGAUGUCAUAUUCGGAUAUUGUCAAGAGAGAAUUCCCAGGUCACCUUAAAGACGAAAGAAUUGCCUGUAUAUUAAUGAACAACAUUCAACAAUUGCGAGUACAACUAGAGAAAAUGUUUGAAUCAAUGGGCGGUGACAAGUUAGAAAAUGACGCAAAAAAUAUUCUUAUUGAGCUACAGCAUCAAUUAAAUGGUGCUCUUGAUGAGCUCGCGAUGUUAUUCGUCAAGAGUUUAGAACCGAGAAUAACUGUUUCCGUCCGAGAACUUGGGGAUUUUCUAUUGGCGAUAAAAAGAGGCGGGCAAGUUGAUUUGAUGCAGCCGGCACAGCACAAUGCGGUUGCUGUCGAAGCUGAUUAUGUUCUACCGCCGCUAAUGGAUCUACUGGACGGUAGUCUAACACUUUACGCUCAAUCUUGUGAGAAAACUGUAUUCAUACGAUUACUUAAAGGAUUGAGGAAAAUUGUUAUGAAGAUUCAGAACCACGUGGUGUAGUGUAUUUAACCUCCUUUUUCGUAUUUACUAUUUAUUUUUGUGGUCCGUGUUUAUUCAAAAUAUAUAAAAAAAAAAAAUUAUCUAAUAUAUUAUAUAAUAAUAAUACACGCAAUUUAAGUCCGGCAAAUUGCUUGACUGGGACAUGUUGAGAGUAAUGCACAACCUCAAACGCUUCGCGUUAUGAGGCGUGCAAUAGUAUAAUUGACACCAUAAUAAUAAACUAUUAUAUAUGAUGUAUUAAAAAUAUAAAAAAAAAUGUAUUGUGUGAUGAAUAGCUCAGAUUGAUUAGACUAUUGCAUUAAAUCCUUGAUUUAAAUGUAAUUAAUUUCAGAACUAUACAAAUAUUAUUUUUAUUUUCAUAUUCCUAAGAAUGACCCUGAAGAUAGCCGACAUCUGACAUUUUUUAAAUCAAACACUCUAUAACUUAUUUUUCAAUACUUCUGUUUAUUUUUUUGUAAUUUCCCGAUGAAAAAAGAUUUUAUAUAUCUGUAUACAGUUAUAUAUGAAUUAUAUACAGUUGGA